CCUCCAUACGCCAUACUCUCGCAUACAUGGUCAGACGGCGAGGUUACGUAUAAUGAGCUGGUAGCUGGGACGGCUGCGAACAAGGCUGGCUACGUCAAAAUUCGCUUCUGCGUAGAACAGGCAGCGAAGGAUGGCCUUGAAUAUUCCUGGGUGGACACCUGUUGCAUUAACAAAGCUACAAAUGAUGAGCUUAGUAGUGCUGUUAAUUCUAUGUUCCGCUGGUACAAACGUGCAAGAAAGUGCUAUGAAUAUGCUUUUCAACAGAGCAGAUGGUUUACACGUGGCUGUACGCUACAAGAGCUUCUUGCGCCGGCUACAGUUAAGUUCUUCUUAAGGAACGGCAAACAACUAGGCACGAAGAUAUCACUUGAGCGAGAGAUCCAUGAGAUUACUAGGAUUCCUUUAUCGGCGAUAAGAGGGCAACCAUUCACUGAGUUCAACAUCGAAGAGCGAAUGAAUUGGUCAUCCAAGCGUAAGACGACAUUGAAGGAGGACAUAAUAUACUGCUUGCUGGGGAUAUUUAGAGUACAUAUACCCCUUAUAUAUGAAGAGGAAGAAGAAUACGCAACUUUACGAUUCAAAGAGGAAAUACAAAAGCGUUCCAAGGAAAAGCUACUGGAAAUCGAAACCAUUGGCCAUCUGUAA